AUGGAAAACGGUCGAAACACAAAUCUUCGAAGUCUUGUACGACCAGUUUCACCAUUAUCUAGAUGGCAAAAACCACCACUUCCAGUGGAUGAUACUGUUAAUCAUGAUACUGUUGAUCAUGAUGACGAUGAUGAUGAUCGCGAUGAUGAUGAUCGUCGACUAGGUCGAAAACGUUUCGAUCGACGUCGUAGUAGUCGAAGUCGUUCACCACCACCACCGGCAUUAUAUUCUUCGGUACAUCUUGCUACAACUGAUUCAACUGGUGGUAUAGAAUUGAAACCAAGUGAAGAGACUAGACGUAUCAUAGUACGUCGUCCUCUUUUACACGAUACAUUAAAUGAUGAUUACACACGAUUGAAUACUACUAAUACUACGAAUAAUACUACUAAUAAUGAUGAGGAUCAUAGUAAUCAUACUCAUAGACAACGACGACGACGACAACGUUCAAGAGAUGAACGUUCAAAGAAACCAUUAUCACGAUCUUUACCAUUUAUGAAACAUCGUCCUUUGCCGCCAAUCGUUCCAAGUGGUAUUGAUCGUGAAAAUACUUGUCCAAUGUUACUACGUUUAUUCUAUUCUACCAAUGCACGUCAUUAUUCAUUGUCUGAUUAUAAUAAAGGUCGUACACCGGAAAAUGAAAUACAAUUUAAUACUUGGAUUGAUGCAACACUUGCAGAAUUAGCAGAUGAAUUACGUCAUGUAGUGCCAAUGACUAGACGUCGUGGUACACGUAUGCAUUUUGCUAUAGUUUAUCCAGAUAGUCGAGGUACUUAUGGACGUCGUCAAUUAGGUGUUGUUAUCACUGGUUAUGGAUUGAAUUCAAGUGAAUUUGAUAAUAACGCCUCUGUUGCUGCAACAAAUCGUAACAGUAAUAAUAUUCAAAGACCAUCUAAUUUGAUUGAUGAUUCAUGUGUUACAUUGUUGUCGAAAAAAUUUCAGAUUGGUGAUUAUGUAGAUUGUGCAAUUGUCGAAUAUACUCCAGGUUCAUUAGUUGGUUGGUCAUCUGGACGACGUCCACUUGGUCCACCACCUCCACCGACUACAGCAACAACAACAACUGGUUCAUUGGAUCCACAUGGUAGUUCUAAACUUGAAGAAUCACGAAUGAUAUAA